UUGUAAAGGUAUCAGCCACGGCAUUGAGGUAAAACUAACAAAACUUCGAACCCGACUUUGUAUUCUUCCCCUCUCUGUGUGUCUGGUUUUUUAGCUGUUCCGUACAGCUGAGCAGAGGAAUUCGCCGGGAGGUCCAGAGGAGAAAGGGUGCAGAAUGGCCGGGAAUGAUUGGAUAAACAGCUACCUGGAAGCAAUCCUAGACGUGGGUCCAGGCCUAGACAACGCCAAGUCCUCUCUGCUGCUCAGAGAGCGAGGCCACUUCAGCCCCACCCGCUACUUCGUUGAGGAGGUUAUCACCGGCUUCGAUGAGACCGAUCUCCACCGCUCCUGGGUUCGGGCUGCGGCGACGAGGAGUCCGCAGGAGAGGAACACAAGAUUGGAAAAUCUGAGCUGGAGGAUUUGGAACCUGGCUCGCCAGAAAAAGCAGCAUGAGGGAGAAGAAGCCCAAAGGAUGGCUAAACGUCGUCUUGAACGGGAACGGGGCCGCAGAGAAGUAGCUGCUGAUAUGUCUGAAGACUUAUCAGAGGGAGAGAAAGGAGAUGUAGUCAGUGACAUGUCAGCUCAUGGUGAGAGCAACAGACCCAGAUUGCCAAGAAUCAGCUCUGUUGAUGCAAUGGAGACAUGGGCUGCUCAACAGAAAGGAAAAAACUUGUACAUAGUACUAGUAAGCCUUCAUGGUCUUAUACGGGGUGAAAAUAUGGAGCUUGGCCGUGAUUCUGAUACUGGUGGUCAGGUUAAGUAUGUUGUGGAACUUGCAAGGGCCUUGGGCUCAAUGCCAGGGGUGUAUCGAGUUGAUUUGUUGACUAGACAAGUAUCUUCACCAGAAGUAGAUUGGAGUUAUGGUGAACCCACGGAGAUGCUAACUCCAAGAAACUCAGAAGGUUACAUGGAUGACAUGGGAGAGAGCAGUGGUGCCUAUAUUAUUCGAAUACCAUUUGGUCCAAAAGAUAAAUAUAUUCCCAAGGAACUUCUGUGGCCGCACAUCCCAGAAUUCGUUGAUGGUGCACUUAAUCACAUAAUACAGAUGUCCAAAGUUUUGGGUGAGCAAAUAGGUGGUGGGCAUCCAAUCUGGCCUGUUGCCAUCCAUGGGCAUUAUGCAGAUGCUGGCGACUCUGCUGCUCUUUUAUCUGGUGCUUUAAAUGUACCAAUGCUUUUUACUGGCCACUCACUUGGCCGAGACAAGUUGGAACAACUUUUAAAGCAAGGCCGCCUAUCCAAGGAUGAGAUAAACACGACAUACAAAAUUAUGCGUCGGAUAGAGGCUGAGGAGUUAUCCCUUGAUGCCUCUGAAAUACUCAUAACCAGCACUAGACAGGAGAUAGAGGAGCAAUGGCGUUUGUAUGAUGGUUUUGAUCCAGUGCUGCAGCGUAAACUACGGGCAAGGACCAGGCGUAAUGUUAGCUGUUAUGGCAGGUUCAUGCCUCGCAUGGAGGUAAUUCCUCCUGGAAUGGAGUUCCAUCAUAUUGUUCCUCAAUGUGGUGAUAUGGAUGGUGAGAUAGAAGGAACUGAGGAUCAUCCUGCAUCUCCAGAUCCACAUAUCUGGUCCGAGAUAAUGCGCUUCUUUACCAACCCUCGCAAGCCUAUGAUACUUGCCCUUGCUAGAGCAGAUCCCAAAAAGAACAUCACAACUUUGGUCAAAGCAUUUGGAGAAUGCCGUCCACUAAGGGAGCUUGCUAACCUUACACUUAUUAUGGGUAACCGAGAUGGAAUUGAUGAAAUGUCAAGCACAAAUUCUUCUGUUCUUCUCUCGGUGCUUAAGCUUAUUGACAAAUAUGAUCUCUAUGGGCAAGUGGCAUACCCCAAACACCACAAACAGUCUGAAGUUCCUGACAUAUAUCGUCUGGCAGCAAAGACAAAGGGGGUUUUCAUUAAUCCAGCUUUCAUCGAGCCAUUUGGGCUUACUCUACUAGAGGCAUCCGCUUAUGGUUUGCCUAUUGUUGCCACCAAAAAUGGAGGUCCUGUUGAUAUACAUCGGGUACUUGACAAUGGUCUUCUAGUGGAUCCCCAUGAUCAGCAGUCCAUUGCAGAUGCUCUUUUAAAGCUUGUUGCAGAUAAACAGCUUUGGACAAGAUGCCAGCAGAAUGGUUUAAAAAAUAUUCAUCUAUUUUCAUGGCCAGAGCAUUGCAAGACGUACCUAUCUCGAAUAGCAAGUUGCAAAGCAAGGUAUCCACAGUGGCAAAGAAAUGAUGAUGAAGAUGAAAAUUCAGAAUCAGAGUCACAAGGAGAUUCCUUGAGAGAUAUGCAGGAUCUCUCUUUGAAGGAUCUAUCUUUGAACUUAAAAUUUUCAUUCGAUGGGGAAAAGAGUGGAGCUGGUGGAAAUGAUACUUCUUCAGAAUCUGAAGGAAAUGCUGCUGAUAGGGGUAGUAAAUUAGAGACUGCUGUUCUGACAUGGUCAAAGGGCAUUUCAAAGGAUGCGCGUAAGGCUGGGUUCACAGAGAAAGCAGAUCAAAAUAGUAGUGCAGGUAGGUUUCCAGCAUUGAGGAGGAGGAAAUAUCUCUUUGUCAUUGCUGUGGAUGGCGAUAGUGAUACAGGUCUACUCGAAACCGUCAGAAAGAUUUUUAAAGCUGUGGAACAGGGGAGGAGUGAAGGCUCUAUAGGGUUCAUACUGUCAACAUCCUUGACCAUAUCUGAGAUAUAUGAAAUCUUGGUCUCGGGGGGCUUGAAGCCUAAUGAUUUUGAUGCUUUCAUUUGCAACAGUGGCAGUGAUCUCUACUAUUCAUCUCUUAACCUGGAGGAUGGACCCUUCGUCGUUGACUUAUAUUACCACUCACAUAUCGAAUACCGUUGGGGUGCAGAAGGAUUGAGGAAGGCUUUGGUUCGUUGGGCAGCAUCUAUAACUGAUAAAAAUACUGGGAAUGAGGAACAGCUGGUUACUACCGCUGAACAACUUUCAACAAAUUACUGUUAUGCUUUUAAAGUGCAAAAGCCCGGAAUGCUGCCUCAUGUGAAGGAGCUUAGGAAGUGGCUGAGAAUUCAGGCUCUGCGUUGCCAUGUUAUUUGUGGUCAAAAUGGGACCAGGCUUAAUGUGAUUCCUGUUCUGGCAUCUCGUUCCCAAGCCCUUAGGUAUCUAUAUGUUCGGUGGGGUGCGGAGCUUUCGAAGAUGGUUGUUUUUGUUGGAGAAUGUGGGGACACGGAUUACGAAGGAUUGCUCGGUGGACUUCACAAAAGUGUAAUAUUAAAGGGAACUUGUAGCAAUGACGGUUCUCAACUUCAUGGUAACAGAAGCUACCCACUUUCGGAUGUCUUACCAUCGGACAGCCCCGGCAUUGUUCAGACGAUUGAAGAGGGUGCCAGCGAUGAUGAUAUCCGGGCUGCCUUGGAAAAACUAGUUCUUCUCAAAGGUUAGUAGUUGCAAGCGUAUCCUCCUCAUUACUUGUCAAUGGAAGGCCCUCAUUCCUUGCAAAGCCUAUAACAGAGUGGCAGCAGUUGCUGUUUUUUACAACUUCCUCAUAAGAAUUCCCUUAUUCUUUAACGUUCUCUUUCAUGCUUUCCUUUACAUUUCCUGGUAUAACAAUCUAAAACUUUCAGUUGUCCGUGUGUUUCUGAAUAAGAAGCCUACUUUUCUCCUGUUUGUAUAGCUGGCCGGCUGUUGUAACUUUUAAUAUGUAUAUGGUUGCUGAGCUUCUGCA